ACCCCUUUGUGUUGCAGUGUGCGACUGGCUGCGACUUGUAUCCCAGUGGCUCUUACACCAAAUUCUACCAUCUCGCCUACAAUGCCCACAACUUCGUCAGCUUCAAUGUGGACAACAGCCACUGGGAGAGGCAGCAGGAGAGUGAGCUGGCGGCACAAGUUCAGAGGCAGUUCAAUACCUUCACCGACUUCUCUGCAAUCCUGCAGUACUUUCUCAAUAUCACAUGUGUUGACCACAUGAAGAAAUUCAUCGAGUACGGGAAGGCAGCUCUGGAGAGACAAGAGCCGCCUGUGGCCACAGUCUUUGCCCGCACACCCAGCCCAGCCCAGAUCCUGCUGGUUUGCCAUGUCACUGGCUUCUACCCACGGCCCAUCAGCGUGGCCUGGCUGCGGGAUGGCCAGGAGGUGCCACCAGGCCCGGCGCUCAACACCAGCACCAUCCUGCCCAACGCCGACCUCACCUACCAGCUCCGCAGCGUGCUGGCCGUGGCCCCCGGUGAUGGGCACAGCUAUGCCUGCCGCGUGCACCACCGCAGCCUGGGCACCCGCAGCCUCCUCACCCAGGCCUGGGCCCCGCCAGCGUCAUCAUCCCAUGGGGUAGGUGCCACCCAUGGGGAUGGGGCACAGGGCAGCUCCAAGGUAGCUCUUAGUGUCGGCAUCACCAUUGCAGUGUUCCUGACCAUGGCUGCAGCCCUUGCUGGGGCCAUCUGGCGCUAUAGGCGCAG